UUUUUAUCAAGUAUAAUGUUUUUUUUUUUCUUAUUCAUCAAAUUAAAUAUUUCUCGUCAUCACUAAAGACUUAUAUUAAAAAUUACAUACUAUGUUGGUAAUAACCAAUUAGCCACAUCCACUUUGAUUUCCCACUCCAGAUGUACUUUUAAAGCUCCACCUGUUUCUAGUUAAUCUGUAAUAUUACUACUGCUCCUCUGUCAGUAUUUACUGAUCAAUCCACCAGCACACACCUGAGACAUUGCUGACUUACUUUUGCAGCUUAAUGAACUUCAAUUAUUUCAUAUUUUUUGAAAUAAAAUCAGUGAUUAAUCUACAUUUUUAAAAAUAAAUCUACAUAAAAAUUAUUUUAAAAUGUACAUACAUAAAAUUUUUACUUAGAUUAAAUUAUCAAUGACAUUUGCAUAGUUAAUUGAUACAUACAAUCUAAGAAAAGAUUUAUUUUAAUGGCAAAAUUUUCAAAUUCCAAUUACAAGUUAUUGCCAAACAUUUUUCAACUUAUUCCAAAAAGUUUGUUAGCAAUUGUUUUUAUUAUCACUGUUCAAGACUUAAUUGUCAGCACAUCAACAAACCAACCGAUCAUCAUUUCAUUAUCUAUUAAUGAUUCAGUAAUCCCAAGCCAGUACCAAAACUUAUCAAGAGUUGGAAAAUGCUGUCCCCUGGGGCAAGUUUUAUUAAGAAACACAUCUGGAUCUGCCAAAUGUGGAUCAUUAGACUCUCCAGAUCUUCCAAGUUUUGUUCCUUUUUUUAAUGAUUUCAACCGUUCUGGGAUAGCAACUCCAGGUCAUCAGAAAGACAAAUUCAUUGCAGUAAUAGGUGAUCCAUGUGAGAAUAAAAAAUAUAUGCUGGAACCUGAUGUUUCAAGUGAUGAUGACCAUUAUCUGUUAAUUAACGGAUCAGUUUUCAGUCCGUACCAAGAGCAAUCGAUGCUCAACUUGGGAACAGACUAUUGUAUGGAAGUGAUGCCUGAACUUGGUUUGAGAACUCUUGUAUGCUUCAAAGGUGAAGAUCAAGUGAUAAUUGCGGAUUUUCGUCUUACAUUUUACGCCUGUGGGCUUCUCAUUUCCGUACCGUUUUUAAUUUUAACAAUUGUGGCAUAUUAUAUCACUCCUAAACUUCUGGAUGUCCAUGGUAAAGCUUUAUGUCACUACUGUGGAUGCUUAACAGUAGCAUUUACGACACUAGCAAUUGUUCAAUUAACUAGUUCUUAUCUUAGUGAUCAAUUCUGUAUUUCUAUGGCAUUUAUUAUUCAGUUUUCUUUUAUUGCCUGUUUCUUUUGGCUAAAUGUAAUGUGUAUAGAGACAUAUCUCUUGCUUCGUAGAUACAUAAAGACUGGUAAUGCAACUUCAGCUAAACCUGAUAAGCUCUUUUUUUAUUACUCACUAUGGGCAUGGGUACCACCUGGUAUUCUUAUUUUCAUUUCUAUUAUCAUCAAUCUCAGUCCUACAAUUCCUGUGGCAUUUGUAAAACCGAAUUUUGGAUCCGAAAGCUGCUGGUUUGAAUCGGACCUAGAUGCUAUGCCUUAUUUCUACGUUCCAGUAGGAAUUUUAGUUGUUGCGAAUAUUAUUUUAUUUGUACUAACAGCAAUAUUAAUAACUCAUCACCAAAGAGAACUUGACCUUCAAAGAUUACGUGAAGACAGAGAUGUAAACAGAGUUGGCCGUCGAACAUUUAAUUGGUUACGAAAACUUUUCCUUGUCUGUCUCGGGCUCUUCUUUUUAAUGGGAAUCAAUUGGGCAAUGGAAGUUAUAUCUUGGUGUGCGGGUGGUGAUCCCCUCACAUGGUCAGCAUUUGAUUUGGUUAAUGCACUUCAAGGUAUCAUUGUAUUCAGUAUUUUUGUAUUACGAAAACCAAUUAGGCAGUUAGUAUGGUAUCAAGUUCAAAGAAUGUUUAAAAUAGAAGCCGAAGAGCCCGAAAUCGGUAGCAUGGAUCGUUGCUUACUUAGAGUGCUUAAUGUUGAAGGUUUCACUAGCCAAAGGAUACCUUAGUCUGAGUAUAAAAUUAAGUUUGUUCAUUUUAAUCAAGCAUGUAUAAAUUAAACAAUUAAUUUUUGAUAGUACUUAUUGAUUAAACUAUGUAAAUAAUUCAUAAUUUCUAAAAAAAAGUAUUAGUCUAUAUGGAUAGUUAAAUAAGUUAAGAACAAUUGUUCAUUUUUAAAAAAUAAUUUUCUAUUUAUUUAUAAAUUUUUAUAUUUAUUAUAUU